UUACUAUCGAAUAAACCUCGAGUUUACCUUCAAAAUUCUCGUACAAUAUAUUAGCCCUAUUUGAGCAUGUUAUUAAGAACAUGUUGCGGUUGCUGUAGCUUGAAGUACGGAUGCUUCUUGGUCGCCAUCUACACGGGACUCACCUAUAGCCUGCAGCUGGUGACCCUGCUGAUGUAUGGACUAAUCGAAGAGUACGCCGAGAGUCAGAUCUUCUACUUGUUUCUGUCCGUGCCCUGCACCAUCGCGGUGGCCGUGUCCGUGGCCCUGUUCGUGGGCGCCCUGAAGAAAAGGGCGAGGCUCUUGUGGCCCUGGCUGAUAACCUUUAGCGUAUUUACGAUUAUCUUUGUGCUGACCCUCAUCGGCAGCCUGAUCGCGGGCUCCACCAAGAGCAAUGUGGAGGACAAUCACGUCGGCUCCGGCUUCAUGCGACGACCCCUAGUACAGGCCUUGAACCUGCGUGAGUAUGGGACGACUCAAUGGAUUUUAGAUCUCAUGCAGUGCCACAACCCCGCAGUGAUUCAUCUGUACGUCCUGCUGGUCGUCUAUUCCCACUACUCCGAACUGCAGAAUGAGAAUAUUUUCUGAUCAAGCAAUCGUCUGUCAACG